GAUAUAUUGGGCACACAAGAUGGCGGUAGACGUAUAACUACAGCGAAAUCGCAUUUAGAUAGCAACCGUAAAAAUUUGCAUGUUAUACGACAGGCACAUGUGAAACGUGUAAAUUUCAAUGCUGAAAAGAAAGCAACUGGGGUUACUUUCAUGCUUAAUGGCAAACGGGAAUACACAGUACAAGUGAGCAAGGAAAUAGUGCUGUCAGCUGGUGCAAUAGGCACACCACAAAUUUUAAUGUUAUCAGGUGUGGGUCCAACUGCACACUUAAAGAAACAUGGCAUACCAACCAUGUUGGAUCUUGCUGUAGGACAAAACCUAAAAGAUCAUGCCAGUUUACCAGUUGUUUUUCAAAUCGAUAAGUCUACUGCAAGAAAACCCACUGAAGAAGAAUUGGUAGAUGCUAUGUAUAAUUUACUAAUGGGUCGGCAUAGUAAAUUAUUGCAUCACGAAGCCACAUCAUUAACUGGUUUCAUUAACACUACUUCAAAGACCGGACCAAAUCCUGAUAUACAAACAACUAAUUUCUAUAGCUUAAUGCAGAGUCCUGAAUUGAAAGGUUAUGUUGCUGCCACCGGUUUUAAUGAACGCGUUGCAAAAUCUAUUUUGGCGGCAAAUCAACUAUCAAAUACUUAUAUCACAUAUCUGCUGCAUUUGAAACCCUUCUCUUUUGGUCAUAUUGAGUUAACCAGCGCUAAUUACUUGGAUAAACCGAAAAUCUAUGCAAAUUAUAUGUCUGAUAAACGUGAUAUAGAUACUUAUGUACGCGCCUUAAAGAUAUAUAGUAAAUUACCGGAAACGAAGGCUUUUAAGAUACGUGAAGCUGCUCUACAUAAAGUAGAUUUGGAAGCUUGCAAUUCUUUAGUUUUUCAAUCAGACGACUAUUGGCGUUGUUAUAUUAGACACAUGACUACUACCGUAUAUCAUCCGGUUGGAACUACUAAAAUGGGUCCAGUGACUGAUUCACAAGCUGUUGUAGACUGGCGUUUACGUGUGCAUGGUGCACAAAACUUAAGAGUUAUCGAUGCUAGCAUUAUGCCGGACAUUGUUGCAGCUAAUACUAAUGCUGCCAUCAUUAUGAUUGGCGAGAAAGGUGCUGAGAUGAUAAAGGAAGAUUGGGAGCAGAAUGGUGCUCGCAAAAAUACUCACAAUGAAUUGUAAAAUGUUUCCUAUUUAGUUUUAUUUUUUAGUAAAAAAAAAAAAUUUUUUUUAUAACUUUUGGAAAGGUUAAGAAAUAUAUAAAAAUAUA